CCGGAACUGACCGUGAAAAUGGAAGUAGCCGCGUCCCCGCUGCUGAUGCAGUCGCAUAUCAUUUCGCAGCCAAUCCAUCAGCCCAAGGGUCGAGGUCGCCCACGCGCUUCCUACGCACAGACCGGGGAGUUCGAUUUGGGUCUGAUACGUGAAUAUCGUUCGCGCCCAGCGCUUUAUGAUCGAUCAAAUAAGCGCUUCAAAGAUAAGAUACACACUGCACAGCUCUGGAUGCAAAUAUCUCAUAAGCUUGGCUAUGACGUUUCCAUAUUGCGCGAUCGUAUGAUUACGCUGCGUAAUCGCUAUAAUAUCGAGAAGCGACGCGUGGAAAACAAUUCUCUUUCCAAUUCAGCUAGCCAAUGGCCCUUGUAUGAGAAUCUAAGUUUUCUCUCAGACCACAUACGCACCAGGCGAUCGUAUAAGACACAAAGCAAAUCGCUGGAUGGCCAUGCAGAUGAUGAGGACGAUGAGGAACCCUUUGAUGUGGACGAUGUUAACAGCGAAAGCAAUGAGCUACCCAAAAGCAUCAAGCAUGAGCUGGAUGCCGACUAUGAAGAGAUCGAGGAUUUUGACUGCGAUGGCCAGUUGCCAGUGACCACGAUGCUCAGCAUACCAGCCAGCAGCACGCCCAUAAAUGGCAUCAGCAACAACAGCUGCAAUGGCAAUAGCAACCUACUCAAUGACAAAGCAGUUCAGCACCAAUUGACCAAUUGUCGCCAGCCGGAGCAGCUGUUGCGCGUGGCCAAGCCGAAGCGUUCGCCGCUAACAUUAGAAGAGGACGCGCCACCAGCCAAACGACGUAUGGAAGAAGGUCAAGCAACUGCAGCAGCAACGGCUACGGCCACUAUGGCACCGACACCGGCACCGGCUGCCAAAUCGAAAAUAACAGCUGCAAAAACCACAUAUCCAAAAUUUCGAGCCUUUGGCGAGUUCGUUUCGCAUUUGCUCAAUGAGCUGCCUCAACCAGUGUCCAUGCGACUGAUCGAAAAAUUUACACUGGAAUUAGUCCAAGCGUCCCUUGAGAAUGACCAAAGACUUCAGCAGAACACUAAGUCCGUGGAAGUUAGCAGCACGGACGAAGAUUAGUUUGGGGAUCUAAUGGAGAUUAAGGCAAACCAAAAGAAAUACAAAU